UGUGUGUGUGUGUGUAUGUGUUCUAAGAAAUCAGUGAAAUUCAUUAUUAUUUUUACAGGAAAGAGAGCAAAUAAACACACGAAAAAGCCAAAUCAAGAAUGUGAAGACAAGAAGGAAGGAUGCUCGAACGCAGGUGGCAAGUGUCGACAGACCUGCAGACCCCGGGAGGUUAAGAAGGGAAAAUGUGGAGACAAUUGCGAGUGUUGCGUGAAAGGCGAAGUGGACGAAAUCCGAAAAUCUGAAAAUUGUAAAGACGAAUGCAAGAGAGCAGGAGGCAAGUGUCGAAAGUCCUGCAAGUCAAAGAAGGGGGAAGUAGAGGGAGUGUGUCAAGGAGCAGACUGUAAGUGCUGCAUUACCCAGGAAGAAAAAACUUCAACGCCUCAAAAAAAAGCAAAAUUCUGCAAAAAAGGAAAUGAGAAGUGUGUAGCACGUGGUGGACGGUGCAGAAAAAAGUGCAAAACUAAAUUUUUAGUUAAGAAAUAUUGCAAGGGCAAUUGUCUUUGCUGUGAUAAAAGUCUUGUCAACGAAAAGAAAAAAUGUAUAAAAGCCCAAAGGCAACUGCAAGGAGCAUGUAAGAGUAAGGAGACAGAUGAUGACUUACAGAGAAGUUGCAAGAAAAAAUUGAAAUGUUGUGCUAAGAAAUGCAAGAUACAAGAUGCAUGUAUAAAUGCAAACGGUGAAUGCCGCCGUUUCGCAAAGAAUUGUCUGUAUGGAAAGCUUAAAGGUGGCUGCAAGGGCAAGAAAUGUGUCUGUUGCUUGCCAGCCAGUACAACAACUGCAAUAAAUGGAACAAUCCUAGUACUCCAACUACUAUAUCAAUAGCUUCAAGACCAACAACUUUAGUAUCAGGAACAAACAACAACAACAACAAGAUCAAACACGACAGGACCACAACAGUAGGACUGUCAACAGCAGGGCCAACGACGGCAGGACCAAACACGACAGGACCAACAACAGCAGACCAACAACAGCAUGACCAAGAACAGUAGGACCAACGACGGCAGAACCAACAACCGCAGGACCAACAACAGCAGGACCAACAACAGCAGGACCAAGAACAGAAGGACCAACGACGGCAGGACCAACGACGGCAGGACCAACAACAGCAGGACCAACAACAGCAGGACCAAAAACCGCAGGACCAACAACCGCAGGCCCAACGACGGCAGGACCAACAACAGCAGGACCAACAACAGCAGGACCAACAACCAUAGGUCCAACUAUCGCAGAAUCAACCACUGCAUCCACUGUACGUAAUGUCUUGUUGGGGAGAACCUGCCGCAAUAGGCUCAUUGAUUUGGAAAAACAACUCAAUCUGUCUCUGACCGAAGGUGGAGAGGUAAUGAAUAACAUUAUUGAUAUUUUCAACACAAACAACCCAGAAUUGUCUCUGCUGCUCAGGAAAAUGAACUUACCAACGUAUUAACCGAACUUCAGGUGCUAUUUAACAAAACACAAGAAUUAGCAUUGUUGGUCAAUGUGACCGCAGCAGACCUUAAUG